UUAAAAUAAUGAACAGAAAAUUAGAGUAACAUGAGACAAGGGGUAGAUGAUGAUUGGUGAAUUCAUGAGCAUUCUCCUUGGCUCUCUUUCUCACUAAAAGCUGAGGCAAGAUGAUUGUGCUUUAAGCCACUGAACUCUUUUUUGGUCUACAUCACUGCAUUCCUUGUCGACAUAAAUCUUAAACUUAUUGAAGGUUGAUUCGGAUUUAUUCAGCAAUGAAGUGAAGAAGCAUUGGCAUUGCAGUAGACUUGAGUGAGGGAUAGAAAAAGGAAACAUGAUUAACAUGGAUGUGAUUAGGAGAGCUUUGUUACUAAGACAAUGCAGUUUACUCCACAAGAGUAACACUUAUGCUAAUGAAGAUUAUUGAUGUGCCAUGAUAUUCAAGUUUUGAAUUUUUUCUUAGAGGGCCAGUAACAGACAACUUUAUGCAGGAUUGAUAUCUCAUGCUCAUGCAACAUGCUACCACUUGGAUAAUACUGGUUAAAAAGUUGCAGCAGCAGUUGCAGGAAGAGACUGAUUUGCACGUAGCUCUAGCAAGUGCUGUUGAACACUCUGGUUCCCCUUCUUCUGAUUUUUCUGGCAAGCUCCCAGAUGAGGUCAGCCUGCCUGUGCGUGGUUUCUCUUCUUUUAUUAUGUUCUUUUCUCAAUAUCUUUGGACUUCAGGCCCAGGAGCUUUUAGAUAGCUUAGCUGUUCUGGAGAUUACAGUAUCAAAGCUUGAGCAGGAGUUUGUUUCUUUACAAUAUCAGCUUAGUCAGGAAAGGAAUGAGUGACGUCUUGCUGGGUACCAUUUAAAGCAUUUGCCAUGUCCCACAACAUCACUUUUCGAUAGCUCUCUGGCUUCCCUAACAGAACCUGUACGAUCAUCUAUAUCUUUCAAAUGUUAUGCUGGUGAUC